AUGGAGCUGUGCACAGGAGGCACUCUCCUGAAUCGGGUGCGGAUGUACGGCCGCCUUUGUGAGGAGCAGACUGCCAUUGCCAUGCAGCAGAUCCUGAGAGCUGUCUACUACUUGCACUCGAAUGGAAUCGCACAUCGUGACUUGAAGGCCGAGAAUGUGCUCCUGUCCUCUGACGAGUCAAUUAGAAAAACGCUGCUGAAGGUCUCGGACUUCGGCCUCUCGUGCUAUUUCAAGCCAAACCAGAUCUUUACGGACAAAGUGGGCACCGUCACCCACAUGUCGCCGGAAGUGCUGCGACGGAAGUACACGAGCUCCUGUGAUGUGUGGGCUUGCGGCGUCAUUCUGUACAACCUCAUGAGCGGCGGAGUUCCGUUUGGCACAGAGGAAGAGAUCAAAGCAGCGCGAGUUCCUCUUGGCAAGCAGUGGUGCGACGCAUCCCAGGAGGCUGUUUGCUUCCUCAGGAAGCUGCUCUCCAGACCUGCUCACCGUCCACCAGCCAAGCUGGCACUCCAGGAUCCCUUCUUUCAGAAACACCUUCCAAAGCCCGAGAUGCCAACGCUGCGUUUCGGUCUGCUUGAUGAUUUACGCACGUUCCGGGGUCAGAACAAGCUGAAGCGAUCUUCGUUCACAACAAUCGCCAGUAUGCUUGCCGAGGAACAUGUGCAAGCAGCUCGUGACAUGUUUAUCUCCAUGGACACUGACGGCGACGGGCUCCUCUGUGUAGCAGAGGUGGAGAAGCGGCUCAGAAAGCAGCGAGAGCAGGGUAUCUUGGAGAAGGAUGUCACACGACGAGAAGUGGAGAGAAUCUUCCGAGACUUCGACUCAAGCUUGGCGGGUUCCUCUAAGGAUUUCACCUACACAGAGUUCCUCGCAGCGACGUUCAACAGGAAAGCCUGCCUCACGGAUGCCGUGGUACAGGAAGCCUUCAAGAUUUUGGACAAGAACAAUGACGGUUCCAUUGACUUAGAUGAACUCUCUUCUGGCCGCAUGCUGGGCCACAUUCCCAUUGAGGAGCUGCAGCAGAUACUGGAGGACAUGGACCAGAACGGUGACAAGCAGAUAGAUCUCCAGGAAUUCAAGGAGAUGCUGUGGAACACAGAUCUAACGCGUGCAAAUACCACGGCAUCGUUGAAGACGCUCACCGCCAGCGAGGCGCUCGCACUCUGUGCGAACGAGGGCACCAACAAUGCCAGCAUUUAA